CGCGUACCCCCGCGCGCGUGGCGGCCGUUGGUAAGGGGAGGAGCCACGGCCUCGACGACGGGAUAGGCCUGGCGCGGCGAGAGGCUGCCGCACAACGACCCUGCGAGGUUUUUCCUCUAAGAUGGAAACUUGGCUAGUAAGAAAGAGUGGCUCUUUGACUUCCUCCUAGUUGGUGCAUCUCAUGGAUUCUCCUAGCAGACAAUGGAGCACCUCUCAAGCGAUGGGCCCCAAAUCUUGCAGCCAAAGGAGGAGAGCUGCUCUGCAAGGCAAGAGGCAGGCAGCAGUGGGGACCAUCUCUCCGAGGACCCCCCAGAAACCAAGCUCCCCUUUUCCAACGAUCCUUUCAGACUGCAGUUAGAAGGAUCCCAAGCCCCAGCUGGGCUCAAGUCAUUCACUCCAAAGCCUCCCCGUAAACCGAGGCUGGAGCGGACAUCGUCUCUGGACGAACUGAUCUGGCGGAGGAGGAGGAGGCCUUUCAGAAUGUAUCAAGGGAAUUCGGUUGAUUCCACUGAGGGGGGCUCCUCCGAUGGGUCUUUCCAGGGAGAGAGCCCCACCAAGCAGGAAGGCGCCUCCAGCGGCAACCACCGCCAUCUCCAGCCUCGGCAUGACUUGAACCCAGGCUCCGAGGGUCCCCACCUCAGCCAAAGCAGACCCAGCCUUUCAGCUUCACCCCGGAAGUUGUCCAAGGUCUUGGCCUCCCAGCCUCCACCUCCUCUGGAACUUGAGGGCUCCUUUCCUUCUCUGAGGACAACUAAUAGGAUUGACCCAGAUUGCGCGGAGUACAAGUUGGGCUCCUGGAGGGGGCUUCCAAGAGCAGGCAGCAGCUGGAGCGACACGCAGCUUCAGAGCCGGGGAAUGGCUUGCGAACACUGCUUGGCCGCCUUCACCAAAUCGACCUUCAGCCUACUGGCCCCCAUCCGGAUCACCGACGUGAGAAACAGAAGCUACUUGGAAGGCAGCCUUCUUGCUAGUGGUGCCCUCCUGGGAGCAGAAGAGCUGAACCGGUAUUUUCCUGAUCGCAACAUUGGCAUCUUUGUAGCCACCUGGAACAUGCAGGGCCAGAAGGAGCUCCCUGAGGUGCUGGAUGACUUCCUGUUGCCGUCUGAGCCCGAUUAUGCACAGGACAUGUAUGUGAUAGGGAUCCAAGAAGGCUGUCCAGAUAGGCGAGAGUGGGAGAUUCGCCUGCAGACAACGCUGGGCCCCCAGUACGUCAUGUCUUACGCAGCUGCUCACGGGGUCCUUUACCUGGCCUUCUUCCUGCGAAGGGACCUCAUCUGGUUUUGCUCAGAGGUGGAAUAUGCCACAGUGACCACGCGCAUCGUGUCUCAGUUCAAGACCAAGGGUGCGCUGGGAAUUUGCUUCACGUUCUUCGGCACGUCCUUCCUUUUCAUCACUUCCCAUUUUACCUCUGGAGACGGCAAAGUCAGUGAGAGGCUCCUGGAUUACCACAAAACCAUCCAGGCUCUUUCGCUGCCCAGAAAUAUUCCAGAUACCAACCCCUAUCGAUCGAAUUCCUCUGACGUCACGAGCCGCUUCGACCACGUCUUCUGGUUCGGAGACUUCAACUUCCGCCUGAAUGAGGACCGGGAGGUGAUAGAGCAGAUCCUCAACCACGACCAGGACCUGGACGUGUCGGUGCUGCUGCAGCAUGACCAGCUGCGGAAGGAAAUGCAGACUGGUUCUCUAUUUAAGGGGUUCCAAGAGGCCCCCAUCUUUUUCCGUCCUUCCUACAAGUUUGACGUUGGACAGGACACCUAUGACACAACCUCCAAGCAGAGGACACCUUCAUAUACGGACCGGGUCAUCUAUCGAAGCCGCCACCCAAAUGAGAUCCAUGCUGUGAAGUACUCGGCCUGCUUUGGGAUCAGGACGUCCGAUCACCGCCCUGUGUAUGGCUUGUUCCGUGUCAAAGUGAGACCUGGGAGGGACAACAUCCCACUGGCUGCAGGCCUGUUUGAUCGAGAACUUUAUUUGAUUGGCAUAAAGAGACGGAGCAAGAGGCAGCUUCAGAAAAAACAAGCUGUGAAAAACCAGAAAUCCAGCGCCGUCUGUUCUGUUUCCUGACCAAAUCCAUUAACCCGAGAACUUCUGGGGCGAGUGGAAGGGCUUGUGGACCAGGUCUCCUUCAGCGCAUUCUCUGAAGCCAGGCUGGGGAGGGGCUUCCACAGGGCCCCAAAAGCGAAGAGCUCUUUGAGGCUGGGAACGGCUGGGCAGCCAAGGGAUCAAGAUUUACCAAGCAUGGAGCUUCUUCCUGCUCGACAGGCCGUUGUUCCUGUAUCCUGUUGCUUGAGGAAAGUAAACCUGCAGGGUGUUGGCAUUUACACCAGCCACAAACAUUUCUUAGGUUUUCUGAGGAUCAUACCUUGGGAACAAAGGACCACAUUCUCUAAGCUUUGUUUUGUUCACCUGCAGCUGAAUUAGUGUCUAAUUUGGUCCCACAAACCAACAUUUUUCCUAAGAAUUCUAGAAAGGUCCCUGAAAUGCCAGAUGGGUAAGGGAAGACUCAGAAAGCACCAGCAUGGGAGUCUAUAAAACAAGCCAGCUUCCACCAACUACAUUUUUUUAAAAAUCCAUUAACUUAAGAAAUAGUGGAAACCAGUUUCACUCAACACACAGCCUUGACUGGCUGCAAAAAUCAGUAUUUUCAAUAGCAGAGGGCAAUUUUUAGCCAAUGCCAACAGUUGAUAGUUAAGAAAUGUUUUCCCCUUCAUCAUUUUCCUGGAUUGUGUUUCAGUUUGCAAUUCCUUGAAAUAAAAGGAUGAUCCAGAACUUUUAAAAUGUGUCCCAAGUGUUCUUCAAUCUCUGUACUGCUGAUAUGCUUGUAUUCCUACCUGGAGCUAAUUUAAAUCCUCAUCAAUGGAAGUCCAGUAUUUUCAACAUGCAAUACACGUUUCCCCUUUAGGAUACAUAAUUAAGCAUUAAUUGUAAGAUUCAGAAUGUAGAUGUAUAACAUACACAUUGCUUGUAGAGCUGGGUUGUGGCAAAGGGCUGAUUCCCAGAGCAGGGGUCUCCAACCGUGG